CUGAGUCACUGGACACACAAGUGGACAAUGUCACCGACUUGCAGACAACACCGCUGGCUCUUGAAUUUGUUCUGACAAAGUAGACGCGAGAGCUCAGUCGUGGGUAAUAUCAGUGGCCAAUGUUGGGUUGACGUUUUUUGACAAACUGGUUUGUUUGGAAAUAAGUAGCUGGAAUUCAGAUCUGAAUGUUACUGGACAAGUUCCGGUAGUCGUUGAACGUAAACAUUUUGACCGAAUUUGCCGAAAAUGGACCAUGGAUCUUCUUGCUCUGGUAAAAGGCUGCUCCACGUCGACAUCCAUAUUGACGAGCGUGAAACUUGGAGAGGAAUCCUGGACCUUCUCAGCAGAGUCCGUCCACGUUGGAAGGCGCAGGACAUUCAGAUGAAGACAUUCACAGAGGGCCUCACCAACCAGUUGAUCGGCUGCUACGUGGGCUCUCUCCAGGGGCCCGGUUCUGUUCUGGUGCGACUGUACGGGAGAAGGACGGAGCUCUACGUGAACCGGGACGAGGAGGUGGAGAUGUUCCAGGUCUUCCACGCCCACGGCUGUGGUCCACAGAUCUACUGCACCUUCCAGAAUGGCAUCUGCUAUGAGUUUGUUAGCGGCAAAGUGCUAGAAGACGAGCUGCUCCGUCAACCCUCCAUUUACAGAUUGAUCGCAGCAGAGAUGGGGAGAAUCCACUCGAUCCAGCCAAAAUGUGGCGUGUCUGCUGAACCUCUACUCUGGACAAAAAUGUCCCACUUUCUCUCAUUGGUUCAGAGUAGUAUCAAUAACAGCCCAGCUGAGCAGCACUGCACAAAAAGCUCUUUGGCUCUGCUCGACAUGCCCAGCCCGGAGACUUUGUCAGUGGAAACGGAGUCACUGAGGAGACACCUCUCGCACAUUGGUUCCCCGAGUGUCCUCUGCCACAACGACCUUCUGACAAAAAACAUAAUAUACAACCACAAAGAAGGAGUGGUGAAAUUCAUUGACUACGAGUACGCCGGUUACAACUACCAGGCCUUCGAUAUUGGCAAUCACUUCAACGAAUUUGCCGGUGUGAAUGAUGUGAACUACAGCCUCUAUCCCAGCCGGGAGCUGCAGAGGGACUGGCUGAUGGCCUAUCUGGAGAGUUACAAGCACAGCACAGGGCGGGCGGCCACCGUCACAGAGGCAGAGGUGACACAGCUCUACAUUCAAGUCUGCAAAUUCUCCCUGGCAUCUAACUUCUUCUGGGGUAUCUGGGCCCUCCUGCAGUCACACUUCUCCUCCAUUGACUUUGACUUCCAAAGAUACGCAAUGGCGCGGCUGAACUUCUACUUUGAGAAGAAGGAGGAAUAUUUCGGAUUGACAAUGAGCUAGCCACAGAGACCAGGGGGACCAGUGGGUUUGAAAUGAGAAGCCACACUGCCUGUACUGCACGUCCACGUAAGACGAUUUUCAGUGAUGUGAACCACGUCCCUCUGUGAUGCAGGAUGAAGGUGCAGAAUGAGCCCUGUACAAAAAGUGCUUCCCCAGUGUUUGUUGUUUUGAGGCUUCAGCACGAGUUAAUAUGUUUUGCCAUCAUUCUGAUUUUCGAAAUAUUUGUUUCACCACGGUCAGUAUACCAAUGAGCCUAUCUGGCACAUUGAGACGAAGCUCACGCCAGAAACACAUUAAUCGUUCCCACAUUUAGCCGGGUCGUGGAAAGCCACACAUACUGAGCCCCGAUCAUAAAAAAACAAACAUAAGGGGGUUAUUUGCAGACUUAUUCUGUGUGUACAACAGUUCUGAUGGAAAACAAGUUUUCAUUUACUCUAUCUUUUUUUUAACUGUACCAAGUGGUGCAUUAUUUUAAAUCUGUCUCUGUGCUAAGGAAUUGGUAUGGAGCUGCGUUGUAGUUACAAAUGGGAUGUUCAUCAAGCAUGCAAUGGAUUCUAAAUUUUUCAAAUGUAUUUCAAAUGUAUUAACCAUCAUUCAAAAGCUUUUUUUUAGAAAAGGGUUUAACGAAAGUAUCUGAUUUGCAGUUAGUGUUUAUAUAAACCGUGUCCUAAGCUUAGGAGGUAGUGCAUUGUUAAGGUUCAUCUGACUGUUGUCAUGUCCUUGGAUGUUUCCAGGUCUUUAACCUUGUUAGUGUCCGAAACGUUUGCUGAGUCAUUGACACUAUGAGUGUUUGAAAAUUUCAGAUCCAUGCAUAAUGCCAGAAUAGCCAAUAUACAGUAUAUGCAAACCCUAAUAGAAUUAUGUAAUCUAGAGAUUUGCGAUAUGCCAAUGAAAAGGACCACAACACUGUAAAACAUCAUGCAGGAAUUUAGUGGGAUCAACUAGUCUUCCUUGUUAACAAUCACGUUAACAUAUAAUCUUUGUUGAUUUCAAAUUAGUCGAACAUGGUAUUAAUUUCAGAUCACUUAAGAAAUUAGAAACAUGAGAACUUACAGUCUUUGUAUGUGAAAUGAGGAGUUGAAAGGAUCAACAGCAAACAUACCUGAUGGAAACUUUUAUGUCUUCACUUCAUGCUGAGAUAAGCGAUGUCUGCUUCCUUUCAUAAUUCAUGGUAAGCACAGUGAAGGUACAGUACCUUGUAAAUUCAGCCUAUAUACCCAAGUAUAUUUCAUAUCUAAUAGAGCACGGGGAGCAGCCUGGCAUGUCUCAGUGGCUCCAACACGAGCCACAGCUGGACCUUUUUCAUGACAUUCCUAUGGUACAAGGUCGAUAGUAACAGUCAGAAUAACAGCAGACGCAAACAAACACAUCAUUACUCCAAAAAAAAAAACUUAGCCAACAUAAAACACACACACACACACACACACACACACACACACACGCAUAUACAUAUACACACACACACAAAGAAGCAUACCACCAGCAGGGUAUUGAUCAGCUGAUGUCGAUGUACUGCAAACACCAUGGGACUUGUGUUGUCGCUGUAUACAAUGCUCUGUUUGUUACUGAAAGGCAUAUGCUAGUGAUAAGGUCAUAUAUAUCUUUUAGAAUGAAAUGGUCGCAAAGUGAAGCAAUUCCUAUGACCUGACGGCAGGGGCAACAUGUCCACAUGUACUGUAGCAUCGACAUCAACACCAAGUGUGUGUUUGAUAUGUGUACCAGCCUGCGUGCGGUGAAAGAAAAGAAUUUCUGAAAUAAAAUGUCAUCUCUCGUGCCUCC